AUGCCUCAAGUAUAUGCCAUGAAUGGAGGAAAUGGACCUCAAAGCUAUAACCAAAACUCAUCCUUUCAGAGAGGAGCAGUAGACGUUGCAAAAGAACUUAUCAAAGAAGAGAUUGACAAAGAACUUGAUGUCAAGCAACUUUCUUCAACCUCUGUGCAUCCAUUUCGCAUAGCAGAUUUUGGCUGUUCUACAGGACCAAAUACAUUUGUGGCCAUGAAAGCCAUAAGAGAAGCCCUGGAGGAAAAACUCAGAAAAGAAGGACUAGCAUCUGAAGUCCCUGAGUUUGAAGUCUUUUUUAAUGACCAUAUAUCUAAUGAUUUCAACACACUUUUUGCUUCACUUCCGCCAGAGAGACACUACCUUGCAGCUGGAGUGCCUGGUGACUUCCACAAGGUUUUGCUCCCAAAGGCAACCCUUCAUUUUGCUCACUCAUCUUGCUCACUUCACUGGCUUUCGGAUGUGCCAAAAGAGGUUACAGACAACACGUCCCCUGCAUGGAACAAAGGAAAGAUUCACCACGGAGGGGCCAAAAAGAAAGUUCUUGAGGCUUAUGCAUCUCAAUUUGCAAAGGACUUGGAGUCAUUUCUGAAUGCAAGGGCACACGAGCUAGUCGAUGGAGGGCUGAUGGCCCUUGUUAUUCCUGCUGUCCCUGAUGCCAUCCGUGAAUCUCAGACAACUAUCGUCACAGAGAAAGAAUUUGAAGUUCUAGGAUCUUGCCUCAUGGACUUGGCUAAGAAGGGAUUGGUCGAUGAAUUGAAAGUGGAUAUGUUCAACUUGCCACUAUAUCUCCCAUCUCCUAAUGAGAUAAAGACCCUGAUGAAGGCAAAUGAACAUCUAAAUGUUCAGAGACUGGAGAUAUUAAGCAUUCCAGGAAAGCAUGUGGUUUUCUCCAACCCUAGUGGAAUUGUUUUGUACCUCAGAGCUGCAUUAGAGGGACUUCUAGAGAAACAAUUUGGAAGUGAUAUCAUGGAUGAAUUGUUUGAACUGUUUACGCAGAAACUUGCAGAGUCUUCCUCUCUCUUUAACCCUGAGAAUCAGGAUCUGGCUGUUAUUUUUGUCCUCCUCAAGCGAAAAUUGAGAACAUGA